GCCCCACAAAACAUGAUCCUUCGUGUCAUCGAGGCGGACCGUGUGAGAAAAUUAAAACUCAGCUCCCGUCCAGCCUCUGUUGAUGCCCUGAUUGAUAUUUUAAAACAACAGCUGGAACUGGACUGUGACUUUAGUUUGAAGUACGAAGAUCCAGACUUUGAUGGAAAACUCACUUGCCUUGUUGACAUAGAGGAGUUGCCACAAAAAGCCUGUGUUCAUAUUUCACUUACACAUGAUUCUAGUUCUCUUGCAUCUACUGAUACCCUUUCAGAUGUGUCAUCUCCAGAACGUCUCAGCAGACUGCCUCCGGGUCCAUUUCAGAUUCCCACAUUUGCAUUUGAUAUUGAGCUGACACUUAGAGAUGGGAAUGCUAAAUUUGAAAAGAAUGAUAAACCUCUACAGUUGUCAAGGGACCAGAAGCACAGUAUUUUAGAGAAACUGGCAUCUACCAUAUAUGGUUUCAAGGCCUACACCACUGAUAAGGAGAUAGCAAUGGUGGCUGAAGCUCUUGUGAGGACACAUCCCUGUUUAAAGGAAGUAGGAUCCGACAGUGGAUGGAGUGGCUGGAAAAACAGCAUCAAAUUUAAAAUGGGAAAUUAUAGGACCAAGAUGAGAAGAGCUGGAUGUCAGGAGGUCACUGUAAAUGCUGGAAAAAGAAGCCGAAAAAAUCCUGACAACGAACCCUCCCACUCCAACAUAAAAAGACCUAAGUGCGCAGAGGUCAACUUUCUGCCCAACUUUCCGCAAGGACAGGAUCCCUCAAGUCUUGACCAUUUGAGGCAGGCUAUUGUUGAGGAAGUAAAGAAGACUGAGAGAAACCUCCCUCUUAUCAGUCAAAUGAUGCAGACCACAUUUGCCUUGCGACGACAGACUAUUGUGAUGUCAUGCCCACCGGUCAAAGAGCUACUGGACCUCUGGCCAGCUCUUCAAAUGCAGUCUGAGGUGUAUGCAGAGUUCCAAAGGAUAACAAACCAGAACCUACCAAACACUUUCUAUGCCCAGCUUGAUCGGCACACUCCUCGCUUGAUGGCUUUAUUCAGGCAGAAAGCUUCCAAAACUGGAAAGACUGCUGACGCUUUGACUUACAUUUUCAAAGUCCAUGAUGCAGAGGAAAUACAUGAUGUCCACACAAGACGGACCACUGUUCUCCAUGCCCUUCCUGUUUAUCUACAUGAGGAAAUCUCUGAAAUCUUCAGAUCAUGUGUGGACGGAAUGGAUGAACCAGACCUGGGGGAUGCAUCAGUGGCCCUACUUACAACUGUCAGUGACAAUGCCGCAAGUCCAGUUCACUACCACCCAGUGAGAGUCUCUGUUGUCCUAGAGGGGGAUGUGGUUGUCAACCUUCCCAGGCUUGCUGAUGCCUUCGUGGUAAUAUUUGGAUUGAUUUAUGCUCUACACCUCAGCUAUCCUAAGGGACUCACCAACACUUUUGAGUUCACACAGAAAAUCUUGCUUGGUCUUGAUGACUCUAAACUAUCACCUAAGCUGCAGACUCUUAAAAAUGACCUGAUGUUAUAUGUGUAACUCUAGACCCAUAAAGGAAUGGUGGAUUCUGUUGGAGCAUAGUCCACAGUCGCACGUCCAUGUUUGUUCGUUGUUAAUGUUAAAGUUCUGCUCUACUCAACUGGUUUUGAGACAAAUGGCAUAAAGUUGACGCUGCCCGUACUACUUAAAUUUUGUUUUUAACUAGUACAGGAGUGUAUUAAGUGUUUAUACACUGUAUGUUAUAUAGUAUAUUGUUAAUCUAGCUUGAAGUUGCUAGAAUUAUAUCAGAUAGCCAAAGAAAGGCUACACACUGCCUUUGUACAGUUUUGAAAUUUUUGCAUAUUUUGUUGUGAAGAAUUUAUAAGCAAUUUUUUAUGCAUUGCUGCACUGCAGGUUUACAACCAGACGGCCAAAGGUGUGCCUUAACAAAUGUUUCUUAUUUCUGUAUUUAAUUUAAUUUAAUUUUAUUCAUUUUUCAGUUGUUUUUCAAAUAUUGUUUCGAGCAAAUCUCUCUAAACUCUGAUUUUUGGUCACCAACCAAGAUUUGCUGAUGCCCCCUGGUAAUGUCGUAUUAAAAGUUUUCUAAGUUAUUUGUGACAUUAAGAUCUGUUCUUAAUGUAAUUUAAGCUUUUCUGAGUUUGAAGAUUUCUACUAUGGUUUAUAUUAAAAGAUAAACAAAGUUUUCAGUAAGUAGACUUGUUAAUUGUUUAUAUAUAUAUAUAUAUAUAUAUAUAU